AUGAGUUUUGGAUGUAUAUUGGAGAUGAGAGUAAGGGAGAGGAAAGCAGAUGGGAUUCUAAAGAAGGUGUUUAAGGACUGGUCUUUUUUGACUAACUAUGAACACAAUCAGGGAGGGAGAAUAUGGCUAGUAUGGAGAGAUGAGGUGAGUAUGAUUCCGGUUUACAAGUCAGAUCAGUUAAUCACUUGUUCUGUCAAGUUACCAGAUCAGGAGGAAUUUUUUUACACUUGUGUCUACGCUAAUAACUUGGCAGAAGAAAGGAUGGAGUUGUGGGAUGAUUUGUGUCAUCAUAAUGAUUCAAAUUUGUUUCGUAACAAAUCGUGGAUCAUAGUGGGGGAUUUUAACGAGAUAUUAGAAGCUGAAGAAAGUUCAAGUUUUGAACAUAUGGGAAGAACACCGAGUGAGAUGAGAGAGUUUCAGCAUAUGGUUCUUCACUGCAGAUUCUCUGAUAUGGGGUUUCAAGGUCCUUUACACACCUGGUGUAAUAAGAGGGAGGAAGGUGUGAUAUGCAAGAAAUUGGAUAGAGUUCCUAUGAAUGAUGUUGCACUAUUGAGAUUUUCGAGCACUUACUCUGUGUUUGAAGCUGGUGGUAGCUCUGAUCAUUUGAGAUGUAAGUUCCAUUUACUGCCCGAGAGUGAGAAGUUGAGAAGGCCCUUCAAGUUUGUGAAUGUGAUUGGCAAUUUACCAGAUUUUCUCCCAAUGGUUAAGGAUUAUUGGGACACAACUCAGAGACUUUAUCACUCAACUUCUGCAAUGUAUAAAUUUUCGAAGAAGCUAAAGAAUCUGAAGCCUUUGAUUAGAGAGCUUGGUAAAGCUAAAUUGGGAAACCUUACUAGAAAAGCAAGAGAAGCUCACGACAUAUUGUGUGUGAAGCAGCAAUUGGAGGUAAAGGAAGAAGCAGUGAGAUUCUUUUCUGAGUUUCUCAAUCAGAUUCCUGAGAGCUAUGUUGGUACCACCACUGAGGAGUUGAAGAAGUUGUUGGAGUUUAGAUGUUCAGACGAAGAUGUAGUAUGCUUGAAGAAGAGGUUAAGGAGGAAGAUAUCUAUUGCUUGGCCUGUUAUUGCUCAUGAUUUCACGGUUGCUAUCCAGUAUGUCUUCAGGUUUGGGUUUCUGCCUAAGGGAGUUAACUCAACCAUUUUGGCGCUGGUGGUGUCGAAAAUCUUAGCAAACAGACUCAAGGUGCUUCUUCCGAGAGUCAUUACUGAGAAUCAAUCGGCAUUCAUUAAAGGUAGAUUGUUGUUGGAGAAUGUCUUACUCGCCUCGGAGCUGGUCAAGGACUACCAUAAAGAAGCUGAGUCUGGAGGCAAUUGGGUUCCUGCUAAGUUCAUCCAAUGGAUAAAGCUUUGUAUAUCUACUCCCUCAUUCUCGGUGCAAGUAAAUGGCGAGUUAGCAGGGUAUUUCCAAAGUACAAGAGGACUAAGCCAAGGAUGUUCCCUUUCCCCUUAUCUCUUUGUCUUGUGCAUGAAUGUCUUAUCACAUAAGAUUGAUCAAGCAGUGAAGGAGAAGAGAUUUAAGUUCCAUCCACGUUGUAAAGAGCUAUCCCUCACCCACCUCUGUUUUGCCAACGACCUUAUGGUAUUUGUGGAAGGAACUAAAGUGUCCAUUGAAGGAGCGUUGUCAGUCUUUGCUAAGUGGUCUGGUCUAUAUAUAAGCAUUGAGAAAUCAACGGUGUUUAUGGCUGGAGUAGCAGAAGAAGAAAGAAGUAAAAUCUUACGGAAUUUUCCUUUUGCUGAGGGAAAUCUCCCUGUUCGCUAUUUGGGGCUUCCUCUGAUGGCUAAAGGUAUGUGUAAGCCUGAUUAUCUCCCAUUAGUGGAACGUGUUCGAAGUAGGAUCAACACUUGGAACUGUAGAUUUCUAUCUUACGCUGGCCGCUUGCAGUUGAUCAAUGCAGUAUUGAUGAGUUUGGUUAAUUAUUGGGCUGCGGUGUUCAGGCUUCCAAAUCAAUGUAUAAAGGAGAUUGAACAACUUUGUGCUUCCUUCCUUUGGUCUGGACCAACUUUAAAGGCUACUGGGGCUAAGGUUGCGUGGAAGAGUAUUUGUAAACCAAAAGAAGAAGGUGGGCUGGGUAUUAGAAGUUUGAAAGAAGUGAAUAAGGUUUAUGGAUUAAAGCUCAUCUGGAGGCUACUUUUGGGGGAGUCACUUUGGGGGAAAUGGAUAAAAGUGUUUCUGCUUAAGAAGAAGAGUUUUUGGGAAGUAAAGUCUUCUACUCAAUGGUCUGAUAAAGGUAUCUUAUUUGAUCUACUGGGGGAUCGUGGGAUUAUCGAUUUGGUCAUAAGGAAAGAAGCCACUAUAGAAGAAGCUGUGACGGGUGUUAGAAGAAGACGUAAGCACAGAGUUGAGGUACUUAAUGACAUUGUAACUGAGUUGAUCACUGUCAAGGAGAAGCUGAAUCACACCCUUAAGGAUGUAAACCAUUGGAGAUGGAGAAGAGGUUAUGAAGCUAAGUUCUCGACUCAAGAAACUUGGCUGUUACUUCGUGAAACUUCUGAACAUUGCUCUUGGGCAAAAUGA